CGGGCCGUUUGGGAGCCAGAGCUCAGGCUACUGCCGUGGUGGUGUCCCGCGCGAGCUUCCGCUUCCUUCGGGGUCACCGCGGCUCGCGAUGCCUCCGCCCGGGCCACGAGUGGUUGUGGGUCUUUUGGCCGCGUGGCGGCCGCUGUUCCGGGGCCGACUCCUGCUGGUCACCAAUACGUUGAGUUGCGGGACACUCAUGGCGGCGGGGGAUGCAGUGCGGCAGGCCUGGGAGCGACGGCUGCCCGAGGGUGCCGCCGGGCCGCCCCAACCCAUGGACUUGCGUCGCACAGCAAGAAUGUUUGCGAUGGGCUGCAGCAUGGGCCCCUUCCUGCACUACUGGUACCAGUGGCUAGACAGACUCUUCCCUGCCAUGGGAUUCAAGGACAUUCGGACCAUUCUGAAGAAGGUGCUGGUUGACCAGCUGGUGGCGUCCCCUCUCCUGGGGGUGUGGUACUUCCUGGGAAUGGGCUGCUUAGAGGGCCAGAGCCUGGACACAUCUUGUCAGGAGCUGCAGGACAAGUUCUGGGAGUUCUACAAGGCUGAUUGGUGUGUGUGGCCAGCAGCCCAGCUGGUGAACUUCCUUUAUGUGCCUACCAGUUACCGAGUGAUGUAUGUGAACGGCAUGACUCUGGGUUGGGACACCUACCUCUCGUACUUAAAGCACCGGGACCACCUCCCCGGCCGCUUGGGCAUUGCCUCCCACACUGACUGAGAUGCUGGAUGGGGCUGAGCCUCUGGCAGUGGCAAAACCUGGCAUAGUAGGCCCAGGCAAGGGCAUCUGGAACUGGGCCUGGAGCUGUCUGAGCACAACUGGACCCUAGAAGCCUAAUCAAAGAUUUCUGUGUAAUUUGUUAACUAAUUCACUGUGUCCAGGAGACAGGGAGGACUACGAGCAGUGUGGCCCCGAGUCUGUUCAGUCUCACCCUUCCAAGUGGGACCCCGCUUCUCUGCAGAUGAGAAGCCAGGGAUCUCAGAGCACCUUACGUAUCAGAGCCAUAGAGCCCCUUGAAGGAGCCCACUUUGCACAUCAUUACAAGACCAGUGCCUUCUGUGAACGCAGCCCAUGGAGCGCUGGCCUGUAGGAUGUAAAAAUUAGAGUCCUUGGGCUUGAAGGCCAGAGAAAGAACAGGGGUCGGCCUUGUGUUCCCCUGACCCCAGAGCGGAAGCUAAACAUCCCAACCAUCUUCCGUUAGCUCUACAGAGCCAGGGCCAAAGUCACUGGCAGUGGCAGGUGGGCAGGAUCAGACCUGGGAGAUGCUGUCACCUCCCUGCCGGGAGCAGGCCUGAGCAACUUGGUGGCCUUAUAACUUCAGGUAGGAAGCUUGUUCUGGGAUGGAAGAUGUCUUGGACUAAUAAAUAAAGAUUCUAAUACAGA